AAAAUUUGGAUCAAACUACAUGAAUAAAAAGUGUAAUUUAUAAAAAGAAAAAAAAAAAAAUCCUCUUUCUGCUUAUAUAAAGAGAAGACAGUGCAUGGAAGGCCACUGCUCAUACAACUAGAGAGAGAGAGAGAGAGAGAGAUGGCAACAUUGUGUUUAGCUCCUCAGGUAAAAGGAUCUGUUCAUAAGCAACCAAUUCCCCACAGAAUUGGUGAGCUCAAGACCUCACUAUCCUGUACUGUCAAGCCAUUCAUACAAGAGUUGGAGAAAAUACCAAUGAUGAUUAAUGUUUCCAAAACCAUCAAGAGUGCAACCCUCAGAAUAUUGGAUGCCUUCGUCGAUUCAAUCUUUCAAUUUGUCGAUCAACCAGUUCUCCCAUCUCAGAGAAACUUUCUUCCAGUAGAAGAGAUAGGACACAUUGUGCAGAUUGAAGGUAUUGUAGGGGAAAUUCCAGCAGAUUUUCCAGAGGGUGUUUACAUAAGAAAUGGUGCCAAUCCUCUGUGGGGGGGCUUAAAAUCAGCAAUUUCUGUGUUUGGAAGAUCAAACCAUGUGUGGAUAGAAGGAGAAGGAAUGCUUCAUGCCUUGUAUUUCACUAAAGACACCAAUGGAAAUUGGAGCUUUUCAUACAACAAUAGAUUUGUGGAGUCACAGACAUUCAAGAUGGAGAAGCAAAGGAACAAACCAUCUUCCCUUCCAGCUUUGGAAGGAGAUUCACCUGCUAUUUUAGCUGCUUUUCUGCUAAAUGCGUUUAGAUUUGGAUAUGUAAAUAAAAUCCUUAGCAACACAAAUGUUUUUGAGCAUGGGGGCAAGUAUUACUCUAUUGCCGAGAACUACUUAGCUCAAGAAAUCGACAUUUCUUCUCUUUCAACUUUUGAUGAUUGGGAUCUUUGUGGAGCUUGGUGCCGACCUUUUACAAGCCAUCCAAAGAAAGCACCAGGAAGUGGGGAAUUAGUUAUUAUGGGGGUUGAUGCAGUGAAACCAUAUUAUGUUGUGGGAGUUGUCUCAGCUGAUGGAAAGAAACUAAUUCAUAAGGUUGAUGUCAAACUGGAAAGGAGUACUUUUGCUCAUGACAUUGGAGUCACUCAGAAGUACGACAUUAUAUUGGAUUUCCCACUUAUAAUAGAUGUAUAUAGGUUGCUUCGAGGAGGACCAUUACUAAAGUAUGAAAAGGAGAAGUAUGCAAGGAUUGGAGUGAUGCCUCGUUAUGGAGACGCAGAUUCAAUACGGUGGUUUGAUGUUGAAUCUUAUUGCACUUUUCACAUUCUCAAUUGCUUCGAAGAUGGUGAUGAGGUGAUUGUGAGAGCAUGCAAGUCUAAUGAAUCCAUCAUACCUGGCCCGGAUUGGGGUAUAGAUAAAUUCAAAUGGUUCUCAAAAGGAUUUAAACCACUGAGUAGUUCAACCGAAGAAGAAGAUGAUAAUAGUUCAAUCAAAGAUGGAUUCCUCUUUACUUGUGUUAACGAAUGGCGGUUAAACAUGGAGACUGGAGAGGUUAAGGAGAGAAAUCUCAGUGGAACCGAGUUCUCCAUGGAUUUCCCCAUGAUCAAUGAAGGUUACACUGGUCUCAGAUGUAAAUAUGGAUAUACCCAAGUCAUUGAUUCUGAAGCGAGCUCUAUUUGUGGAAAAACAAAAUACGGAAGUUUGGCCAAAUUGUACUUUGAGGAGCCAGAUUCUUUAGCGUCAUCUGUGAAGGGACAUUUUGGAAAUCCCAUAAAAAUGGAGCAUCAUAAGUUUGCAAAGAACAAUUUCUGCACCGGAUCUGCUUUUGUGUCUAAACUUGGAGCUUCCAAAGAAGACGAUGGUUGGAUUGUCGCUUUUGUUCAUGACGAAGACACCGACACAUCUCACGUUAUUAUAGUCGAUGCCAAGAACAUCGGGGGUGAGCCUAUUGCAAAAAUUCCUCUGCCACAAAGAGUGCCAUAUGGCCAUCAUGGAGCUUAUUUUCAGACUCCAAGUCAGCGUUAGUGUUGGCUUUUUGGCUUUCGAAGGUUACUUUUGUAAUUAUGAGCGUGCCAGCAAGGAUCAAUCAGUCCUUACAAAAUUGUAAUUGCCAAACAAUUAUUCAAACGAUUGUGUUAUGGUUCUUUCGGCCUCAAUAAAGAGGACUUUUAUUGGUGGCUUACUGGUAAUUUGACUUCAGAAAACUUGAAUAUAAGAACAAUUACAUGAACUAAAAUAUUUCAUUAGUAUGAAAGACUUACAAUGAUCUUAGUUCCGUAGAGAAUUACAGCGGCAAUAUACUGGAAAACUACUCCUACAAAUGAAGUGCUGCGCAGAAA